AUGAAGCUCUCUCUUGCCUUUAUUUCUUUGGCCAAUGCAACCUUUCGAGAAAAUUUCCAGCACAAGGUCGAACGAAAUAUUGCUGGAGACUGGGUUGAGAAGCAUCUCGCCGCUGGAAGGUACAGAAGACAGGCUGGCACAUCGAACUUUGCUCCUAUUGCCGCUAUGAUUGCUUACAUGCAAGGAGAAGGUGCAGACAGUGUCGAUCCAGCAACACAGAACAUGGACGCAACUCUCCAAGCGCUUGAACAGAAGUACACUAGUUACGGUUGUUACUGCUGGGCCAAGGGAACUUCCAACAUUGAAGACCUUGGCGCCGGUUCAGCUAAUGUAGAUUGGAACGACAAGGCGUGCACUGAUCUUUACAGAUGUUAUGCCUGCGUUAACAUCGACUACGGAAAAAAAUACUCUGAGCUUUCGUAUUCGGCAACCUUUACAACUGAUAGUGAUGGAAAGAGAAGUAUUGACUGCUCAGGAGGCGCUCAAUCUGAUGGAGAGCACAUUUGCCAGUGUGACGCCGCCUUUGCUGCUAAAAUUGCUUACAACGAAGACCAGUGCCAGAACAACGGAAACCCAAUCGACGAAGGGAAAACUUACUGCAUCGAUGAGAGCUUCAGAACCGUUUCUGGAGGCGGAUCUUACACUUGUCCCGAGCGAGGUAAUGGAGUGCAAUCUCCUCUCAAGGAAAAAUGCUGCGGUAUUUACCCCGAACGAAGAGGCUACGCCAAUAACAAAGACUGCUGCCGAACGAGCUCCGCUCUUGGCGAGAUCUUCAACAUUGUUUCCACUGGAACUUGCGAUGGUGAUGUUGUUGAAAGCGUAGCUGGUGAUCCACACAACUACAUGACCUUAUAA